AUGGCAGUAUUAGACGAGAUUCCCCUUGUCACUGCACGUGUUCGAGUAGCCGGGGAGCUUGCGACAGAAUAUGACGCCCUUGAUGAUCAAGAACCCGUGAUCAACCUUGACAAGGAAGGCAGCAAGAUCCCGACGAGAAACUGCUAUAUCGAAUCCAAGUCAGGUGCUGAGUUUGCCGUCGAAGUCACGGUCUCUGGGAAGUACCGACUCCCUCAUUCGCACGACAGGUUCAUCGCCGAGGUCUUCAUUGACGGCCAAUGGAUGGAAUCUCGUUGCAUAGGGUCACCUUUUUCUCCUGGCAUGUCAUCUACCAUUGUGAUCUCAGGCGCUGAGUUCUUAGCAGAGAAUGAGAGAGUGGUUACCAGAAAAUUUGUCUUUGCUCCUAUUACCAAAACUUGGUGGUUCGAAGGGCCGAGUUUCCGGAAACCUCUCACUUGGCACGGAGGGCGAGAUGUGGAGUUGGCUGAGAAGGCACUGAAAGGCAGAGCAAUAAGCCAUGCGACACUGCUGGCUGAGACAGACCGGAAACCGUGUCCGGUUAGAUCAAAGAUCGAUGACAUGCGCCUACUGGGAGAAAUCUUCUUUCGUUACCGAUCCUACCAAGCGCUCCAACAUGAGAUGAUUAUCCCACGCACUCCGUCGCCUGAGCUCUCAGCUACAACUGGAUUUGAUGAUGAUCCCCUUUCUCACCUCUCCGAGAGUGACAUUCGCCGUCUUGCUCUGAAAAGACUACAUGACCUUCAGGCCAAGGAUGAGGUUUCUCAGAUCAAACGGGAGGCAUCAGAAAACCCCUUUACGCCUCGACCAUGGAAGUUUGUGAGACUAAAAGAUGGGAAAGAGGCUGUUGACCUGACAGAUGAUUGA